AGAGACCCCGUGGACCCGCAGACCGAACAGGACCCGGUUCGGCGUGGAGACCCCGCGGAUCCAGAGCCAGAACGAACCCACGUAUGCAGAAAUGGCAGCCGGCCACCGCCGUAUCCCACCCGCGCGCCUGCAGGACGAGGGACGACGCUGGGGGGAGCGGCGGAGCCGGAGCCGAGGCCAAACGAGACCCGGACGGUUUCGGAACCGGAUCGCGGCGGUCUGGGCCAGACGAAGGCUGGGCACCAGACUCCAGUCAGAAACUGUACGCCAGGCCCAGGCCUUCAUCACAGACAAUUUGCCACACACAAUGGACACAGCUCCAGCUCCCACUGCCCCAGAUCCCACUGCGGGAACACGCAGAACGGGGGAAACCCUUAGUGGGCGUGGCCAGGGAGUGACGCCACCUCCCCAGCCUCAGAGACUCACCUCGGUGCGGGUGCGGCCGGAGCGGAGCAGGAGAGUCUCACCCGGCCCCCUGCACCUGACACAGGACCCGUUGGAGGGUCCCUCCACCCUCCUGGAUGCUGUUAACCCUCCAUGCACCAGGACUGCAGAGCCCCAGCCGCAAAGAAAAAGGGUGAGGACGGAGUCGGCCCAGAGCCCGGAACUGACGCCACUCCCACCAAUGAACCCCUCCGCUCCCAUCAGAACGGACUUUGCAAGGCUCGAGGCAGGAUUACUGGAGACAGGAAUGGCCUUCUCUGGGACCGGAACGGCGGAGCUCGCUCCCGUUGUCCUGAGAAAGGAGGGCACAAAAAGAAAGUUCCUGCACUUUAAUUUAAAACCUGUGGGAUUUAGGAAUCUUUCCCAGGACUCCGGAGCAGCGGGGGACUCGACCCAGAAUGCUGGGAGGGCCCCCCCAACGCGAGAACAGCAGGCAGCUGGUGGCAGUGACGGCGCGCGCCCCGCGGAGCCGCGGACAGAGGAGGACAGCAGAGGCGCGCCUGCAGCAGCACCAUCAGCACCACGGACAGCGCCCGAGCGGAGCAGCGCACCCGAGCACAACAGCACGCCGGAGCAGAGCAGCAGCGCGCCGGGCCAAACAAACCGGAUAAACCCAGACAUCCCUUUCACCCUGCAUCUACAUGGUUCCCCCCUGAGGGGACCCUGCCUCGUUUCCUCACGGACUGUAUUCGGUCGGAUCUGGAGUUCC